CGCUGCUGCCGGCCUGCUAGCGGGUCGCUUCCAAUUCAUGGUCCGCGCUCAAGCAACUGUCCCUGUCUCUUAUGACACGGUCUACGACAACUGCUCUGCCUCGCUUUCCACUGUUGCCUGCUCCAGCCAGCUUGAGAGCCUCGGAUACGACACCUUCGGCUCGCUGCCAGACUUCCCGUUCAUUGGCGGCGCGGCGGUCGUGACACCCUACGGCUCUGGCGAAUGCGGAUCGUGCUGGGAGCUCUCGUACCAGGGAAACAGGAUCACCGUUCUAGCCAUCGACUACACCGACCAAGGGUUCAACAUCGCCGAGGAAGCGUUUGACGUGCUGACGAACGGACAGGCACAGUCGCUGGGUCGCUUGGAGGCGGUAGCUACACAAGUGAACAUAUCUGCAUGCGGGCUGUAAAGAUCUAGUAUGGGGCAGACACAUGUUGCGGCACCCGUAUGCGCGUCUAUCUCGUGAAUUCAUCCAAUCUCGUCGUUCGGCUGCGCCUCGAGUAGAAAGAAUGUGUGCUCUAUGUCAAAUUCAAGGCUGCUUUUUGUCUAUUGC